GAGAGGAGCUCCUCAUCGUCCAUGGAGGAUUACACAGCGGAGGCGUGGCUUCUCCGGCAGUACCGUAAUGACGGCGGUAUUACCGCGCUAUUAUACUGUAGUAACACUGUAAGAGUUGUAGUAAGAGAGGGCUGUGUUACAUUAGGAUCCACAAUGAUAACCCCUGCGUUUGACCUGAGCCAAGAUCCCGGGUACCUGAUGCUCAACAUCCGUGUUCCCUACACCAGAACAUCAGAGUUUGACAUCUACAUUGAUGGAACAGAUUUCAAGUUCUAUGCCAAACCCUACUUUCUCAGAUUAUCUCUUCCUGGAAGAAUAGUGGAGGAUGGGAGAGAAAAGGCCAAAUUUGACAUUGAUAAAGGUCUUUUCACCCUCCGGGUCCCUAAAGAAACCGCUGGAGAGCACUUUGAAGGGCUUCAGAUGCUGACAAGCCUCCUCGCCCCAAAAGGCUCCCGUUCAGCACAACCACUGGUAGAGGACUUAAGCACAGAAGGAUGCGGGGAAAGUGCGGGAGAUGAUGAAGACGAAGAUGAGGAAGAAUACGACUGGCAGGUUGAGCAGGAGGUGUACAAGGAGAGCUCUGAGGAGGAGCUGAAAGCCCUGCAGAAAUAUGGCUUCGGCAAUCAGAGGUCUGGAGUGUUUGUAAGAUUACAGGAGGAACUGAGUGAUGUGACCGAUGUCAAGAACCCAGACGGAACGACGGCAGCAGAGAGGAGGCGGGCGCGGCUGGAGGCAGAGGCAUCUGCCUUUUCUGCUGACCAUUACCUGGCUGAUUUGUUUGAGGAUGAUGAGAUAAAGGGGCUGCUGAAGUUUAGGCCAUGGUGGACGAAGCUGAGUCCCUCCACAGAGCAGGAGGAGGAAGCUGCUGUAUCAUUCACCGACGACGAGAAGGAGCAGCUGAGAAAAUUCACCAACCGUUCCUACCUGCUAGACAAGGCGUCCCGUUACCAAGUGUGGCUCAGCCUUGUGGACAUCCUGCUGGCUCAUUCCUAUGAAGUGCGCUCUACAGAGGGAGAGCACAAUGUAGAGUCACCGUGGACUAUCAGAAAGCUCAGCGGGACUCUCUGCUGGCUGGAGACGUACAGCUCUGUGCAAGACGUUCUGGUGUCAUUUGGACGGAGGGUUUUGUGCUACCCCCUCUACAGACACUAUGCCAUGGUCUCCGCGGCUGUUCGUGACACAGCUAAGAUUUUGCAGUCAGGGAAAGCCUGCGUCCUCAAAUGCCUGCUGGAUAUUCACAAAGUCUUCAGAGAGAACGACCCGGCCUACAUACUGAACGAUCUGUACAUCACAGAUUACUGCAUCUGGAUCCAGAGAGUCAAGUCGAGGAAGAUGGCAGCCUUGGCCUCAACGUUGCAAAAAGCCUCCCUGCGGAAAAAAGACUUGGAGCUGGAACUUGAGGAGCUAGAGGAGGCAGCCACAAUGGUGGCAGAGGAAGAAGAAGAAGAAGAAGAAGAAGAGGAGCAGGGAGCUUCCAAGAGCGCUCCGAUAUCACAUGGUGACAGCAGCAGCCCUUCCAGUGACAGCAGCAGCAGCAGCGACUCGUCUGAUGAGAGCGAGGAAUCUGAGGCUGAAGGGCAAGGCUGCACCGAAUCCAACGAGGGAGGAGGAGGAGGAGGAGGAGGAGAGAUGUGUAAGGACAACCCUCUACAGCUACAACCCACCUCUCCCAUCCCCCAGGAGCCCACCAGCACACUCUUCUCAGAGGAGAGGAAAGUGGACGCCCUCCCCUCAGCCUCAGCAGGCUCCAGACAGCUGAUCCAGGAGCUGGGGGAGCGGGUGGCAGAGGAGCUGAAAAUCUCCCAAGACUCCAGCUACGGAGCGGAGAGGGACUGUUUCCAGCCGAGCAGAGCUGCAGCAAAAACUGAAGUAACAUCUGGGAGGAACAGCAGUGGGACUCUGUUAGAGCCGAGCCCUCGGAGAAACCCUCUGCUCAUCGUCCAAACGCAGGAAGACCUCGAUGAGAGCGACUUUAUCUGCUGACAGAGAAUGUUGUGGAACCUGAAAGACACUUUUUGAACUGUUAACUGUAAGUGAUGGAAGAAAAUGGGUUUGACUAUUUGGUUUUAAUAAUUUUGUAAUCUUUUUAAUUUUCUGCUCCUCUUCUUUGUAAUACCAAGCUAUGAGUUGUGUGCGUUAACCCUUCUCUAAAGGACCUCAUUUCAUACAAAGAAUGAUAUUUUGUAAAUUUAUGAACUUGCUAAGCCUCAUUAAAAUCCUUAUUUCGUAUUUAUGUUUUUUUAAUGAGCAUGCUUUUAGUUUUUCUCAUUUCAUUAGAAGAUAGAAGAAGAAUUAGAGGCAGCCCUGUUUUCUUAUUCUGUCUUGCCUCAUGUUAUCUGACUUUGUUGCUACUGCUGCUCUGUAUUCAAGCUGCCUACAUGCUAUACAAAUAUAUUGUUACUCUCUGAACAUACUGUGUUUUGAUUUUUAAAUGAAUUAUUUCAGCUCUUUUUUUAUUGUUGAAAGAAAUUCAGUUUGUAAAACUAGAUUUAGACAUCGGUUAAUAGUGUAUAACAUCUUUAGUAGCCAUGUAUAUUCCCAUGCCCAUAUUAAGAAAAAGAAAUGAAGAAAUUUGUGUGAUCCAAGUUGGACUCAAAUAAACAAAACCGGGAUGCCAUUCCAGGAAGCUGACA